AUGGAUCCAUUUGCAUAUUCACAGGAAGAUAUUCAAGAUUUUUAUAAUCUUAAGUCACUAAAUCCGUCUUCCUCAUGGAAUGAAGAUUCAACGAAUUUAAUUGAUUUAUCCAAAUGGCAAGAUUCCAUUCCAAUGCCAGAAAGAUCUUAUGAAAUAUUAAAAGAUUUAGCUCAACAACAACAGUCUGUAAGUGAUAAACAAGCUGCACAAUAUCUAACUAAUGAUUCUUUAAAAUCAAUUACUGAUCCGUUAAGCAAUGAAAAGAUGUUAACAUUAUUAGAAAAUCAUCAUGUACCAGAUGACAAGAAAUUAAAUUAUUUGAUAAAUAGUAAAAACUUUAAUGUUAAAGCUUUUCUGAGAGAUAUCCAUAAUACUGAUUCUUUUGAAACUUUAUCAAGCUCGUUAGAUAGCUUAGAUUAUUCAUUACAACAACAAUCUGAUGCUUUAAAAAAUUUAGUUCAACAAAAUUUUGCAAAAUAUGUUAGAGUUAAAAAUAGAUUGGAUCAAAUUUACGGUCAAUUUUCAGAUGAAAACAACAAUUCUACAAUAAAUUCAAACGGAAUUAUGAUAUCUCAACCAAAUAAUAAUAGUAACCAAUCAAGUUCUUUAGGAAUCGAUGAUUUAAGCGUAAGUGUUGAUCAAUCUAUUAGAGCGACAACUAUGAAAUUAAAACCAUUGAUUGAUACGGAUAAGAAGAUUAACAAUUUUAAAAAAACAAAACAGUUCAUUGAAGAAAAUAAAGAAUUCUUCAAUUCUCCAAGAAUUCUUAUGAAAUAUUUAAAUAAUGGUGAGUACAAUAGCUUAAUGCUAGAAUAUGCAAAAUCAAAAAAAUUAUAUAAUGAAUUAGAAAAUCUUUACAAGGGAAAAUCUCCAAAAGGGAAUAGUACUCAAUCCACUUCGAUGAGUCAAAAACAAACUUGGGAUUUUAACAAGAAAUCUCAAAAAGUUCCUAAAGUUAUUGAAAAGAUUAAAACCGAAAUUGAAAAUAUUAUGAACCUAUACAAAAAACAAGUUUGGAAUUCUUUAAUGAAUGAUGAAGAUAACACCUCGCAUACUUUUUUCUUACCAUUAAUUUCAAAAUUGUUAGAUAUGAAUGCUGAAGAAAACCCAAUUGUUAAAUGGAUAGAUUCAAGAUUAGAUUCAAUUGAAACUCAAAUAACAACAACUUCAAAUGAAAUGAUUGAUAAAAUUAUUAAAGCUCAGCAAUCAAUACUGAGAAAUAGUGAUACAAUAAUACCCGCUUCGGAAACUAAUCAAAAUGAUACCGAGGAAUAUGAAGAAGACUCCAUUGAGUUGAGAUACUACUAUUCAAUUAAUUCAUUUUUCCCAGAAUUGGGCGUUAAUUCAAAUAAAGAUGGCUCAUCCAUGUUUACAUCUCAAAGUUUGACCGACUCUUCAAAUAUCGUUGAAAUGUGGCUGCUAAUUUUAAAAUACAUUCAUCAAUUAGAAGGCAUUAGCUGUAAAUUUAUUGAAUUGUGGGAGCAUAUACAAAACUUCUUAGAUGGUACAUAUCAAAGUUCUAUUAUUAAUGAAAAGCGUAAGGACAACAUUUUAGUUGGUGACAUUGAUGUCAUUGAAUCUAAACAUUUAAUGAGAUUAUCAAAUCAACAAGUACAAGAUAUAAUGAAGAGAGGGGAAAAAUUUGUAAAAUUAUUCACUGGUAAACUAUUAUUAUUCUUUGGCUGUUCACAGGAGACGUUAGCAAAUCAUACAGCAAAAAUGGCUACAGAAAGUGAACAACCCAAAGAUUUUGGGUUUAUACCACCAAACGCAAACGGGUUAAGUUGCUUACGUUAUUUACCCAAAAUCUUAAAUCCAUUAUUAAAAACUACUACUGAACUUGCACAAUUGAAUAUUAGCGAUCACUCAAUAAGUGUUCUACGCCGAGUAGUUAAUGUUUUAAUUGUUCGCUGCGUUCAUUCUAUUUCAGCUGUAAAACUAAGAGAUCUUUCUCUAUUAUAUAAACUUGAAGAUUGGACAGUUUAUGAGACAGUACCUGAUUUAACCAACAAAAAUAUAGAGUAUGGUAUUACUCAAUUUCCAGACAUUGCAUGCUCUUUCCAAAGACUUACGAUAUAUGCUAUUCGUGAUAUUUUAUUUUCUUUUGAGAGAUUGCCAAGAAUAAACAAUAUUACUGUUACGGGAUAUCCUUCCAAGGAAUUAUUAACCAAAAUCGAAAGUAAACAGUUAGACUCCAUGUCAAAUGUGUUACAAUCUGUCUUACAAAAUGCUGCAAAAGAAAAGGAUAACCCAAGAACUUCACAUACUAUUCUAACAUUAACUAAUUUACAAUAUAUCCGUGAAUGUACUUUCCCAGAAAUUGUUCAUUAUUAUAAUGAGGCAUUUGAAUCUAAUUUAGACGCAAAUUCUUCAAGCUUAUUUACAUUGUUAUCCAAAAUGGAACAGUCUAUUUUUGGCAACUAUUUAUCAGACUUAAAAGUGAAUAUUAAAAAUAUUUUAGUUUCAAGAUUUAAUUCCAUUGAUUGGCCAAAUUAUACGUCAAAUUCAUUCAGAGUAAGUGAUUAUAUUAUUGAAGUAUUAAUGCUAUUAGUAACUGUCCAUAGCGAAUGCUUUCGAAUUGGACCACAAUUAAUCUAUAAAGUUCUAGAAGAAACACAACUCUUCAUUAGUAAAUUCUUAUUUGAAGCGUUUAAAAAAUUCAUAGGAAAACUCUCUGCAGAUGGUUUAUUACAGGUAACAGUAGACUUACAAUUCUUGCAAAACGUAUUAGGUAAGUUGCUAGAAAAGGAUACUGAAGUUACAUUGGCAGCCUGUCUACAAAAUUGUUUCCAAAAUGAUCUGAACAGAAUGAACACCUGCAUAACUGAAACUAAACCUAUUGUUUCAGCAAAUAUCGCUAGAACAAGCAUGCAGUUUGCUGCAUUUAACUCCGAAUAA